AUGAAGAUGCACUUCUGCAUCCCGGUGUCCCAGCAGCUGCCAGAAGCGCUGGGGGGCUGCUACGUGUUGUACUCCGUGUACCUGGACGGGUUCCUCUUCUGCAAGGUACGCUAUAGCCAGUUACACCGCUGGAAUGAACAGCUGAGACGGGUGUUUGGAGACUGCUUACCUCCUUUCCCACCGAAGUACUAUCUGGCUAUGACUACUGCUAUGGCCGAGGAGAGGAGGGACCAGUUGGAACGCUACCUGCAAAAUGUCACUGCAGACCCUCAUGUAAGGAGGAGUGAUGUCUUCACUGAGUUUUUGACGAUGGUGCAGCUGCACACGCUGAAUAUCACCACCACGAAAGCUGCUCUGGAUGUAUUUCUGCCCAAUGGAAGGAGCAUUAAUGUGGACAUUCUAACAUCCGAUAUGGCUGAAAGGGUCCUGGAGGUGGUGGCGCAUAAACUUGGACUGCAUCCAGAGCUCUUGGGCUACUUUGGCCUCUUUCUCAUUCAGUGUUUCCCAGAAGGCAAACUCUCUGUUGUGAAGAAGUUGGUGGAUUUUGAGCUGCCUUAUACUAGUCUUCAGAGUUCUGAAGUGGAAAACUGUAAGAUUGGACUCAGAAAGUGGUACCUGGACCCGGCCCUGGACUCUAUGCUGAUGGACUGCAGAGCAGCUGGAGACCUGCUCUACAUGCAGGCAACACAGGAGAUCGAAAUAGAAUGGGUGAAACCCACGAAGGCUCAGAGGGAGGAAUUAAAGGCUCUCCAGAAGAAAGAGAAUCAAACAAAGUUUUUGGAGCUGUCCCAGGAGGUCCGGCACUAUGGGUACAUUCAACUGGAUCCCUGUACCUGCAACCAUCCAGAACCUGGCUGUGCAGCUGUGCUUUCCAUUGGCAAUAACGAAAUCAGCUGCUGUAUAACCCUGCCUGAUGGCCGGACCCAGGACAUAGCUUUCCAGAUGAGCAGAGUAAAGUGCUGGCAGGUCACUUUCCUUGGAACUCUGCUGGAUACAGAUGGGCCCCAUCGAACUCUCAACCAGAACUUAGAGCUGAGAUUUCAGUACAGUGAAGACAGUCGCCAGCAGUGGUUUGUUAUUUACACCAAACAGGCUUUUUUCCUGAGUAGCUGCCUGAAAAAGAUGAUCUUGGAGAAGAUGGCAAAGCUUACUGAGGAGAACCCAGAAAUGCAGAUUGAGGUUCCGGAACAAAGUAGAAGUAAAAAGCACCCGGUCCAAGAGAGCCAGCAGAAAGACUUUUUUAAUUUUCUGAGAAAAACCAGGAUGAAGAAAGCUGAAGGUGACUGUUUUUGGAGGACCCUAACGGAAGGAGGUCUCUAA